CUCUCCUCCACAGCUCUUCUCUCCCUCAGACUGAGAGCGGAGGGUGAAGUCGGGGCUCCGCUCUGUAACAGAGCCUCUAUUCUCUCCGGCCUCUCCGGCUGCAGUCUGAGAGAAAACCCUCAGGAGAUUCAGAGCUUCAGAGCUGCUCUUUUCCUGCAGGAGAAACACAGGUUCUGAAUGUCGCGUUUCUUCAGACUCCGGGAACAAUGUGGAUUUUAGCGCUGAGCCUCUUCCUCCUGCUCCCCCUGGUUUCAGCAGAACCGCAGAGGAGAAGGUUAGUGUUUGAAUGUGGCGGGAACUUUACAGGAUAUUCAGGGUUCAUUGGGAGCAGCGGUCACCCCGGGGUUUACCCAGCUAACACCAAAUGUGUCUGGAGGAUCACGGUGCCUCAGGGCAGAGUGGUGUCCCUCCUGUUCCGUGUGAUGGACCUGGAGAAUGACGGGCUGUGCAGAUACGAUUACGUGGACGUGUAUGAAGGACACGUCAGUGGCCAGAGGCUCGGCCGCUUCUGCGGUACGUCCAGGCCCGGCCCGCUGGUUACCAGUGGCAACAAGAUGCAAGUGGUCAUGGUGUCUGAUGCCAACACAGCUGGGAGUGGUUUCCUGGCUGCGUACGCUGCAGUUCGACCCAACGAAGUAGGGAAUCGUUAUUGUGGUGGACUUCUGAAGAAGCCAGGAAGUUUGAAGACUCCAAAUUGGCCAGACAAGGAUUACCCAGCUGGUGUAACGUGCUCAUGGCAUAUAGUGGCACCGCAGAACCAGAUAAUUGAGCUGACGUUUGAGAAGUUCGACGUGGAGAGAGACAACUACUGCCGCUACGAUCACAUGGCCGUUUACAACGGCGGGGAGACGAGCGACUCUCGGAGGAUCGGCCGGUUCUGUGGAGACAGCCCUCCUGCCCCCAUCCACUCUGAGGGCAGCCAGCUCUUCGUUCAGUUCGUGUCUGAUCUCAGUCUGACCGCUGAUGGGUUUAUAGGACAUUAUCUGUUCAAACCUAAAAACUCCACCAUAACAGGCUCUCCAGUCACCACAGCUCCAACCAUUCCCACCACUGCAUCACCCUUAGCUCUUACAUAUUCAGAAGCUCUCUGCAAGCAGAAAUGCAGGAGGAGCGGAACCAUCGAAAGCCAUUACUGCUCAAGUAACUUCGUUUUAACAGGUACCCUAAUCUCAGCAGCCAUGCGGGAGCAGAGCGUUCUCGCCACCUUCUCCAUCACUAGUGUGUAUAAAGAGGGAAACCUAGCCAUCCAGCAGGCUGGGAAGACCAUGAGCACCAAAAUCACUGUCCUCUGCAAAAAGUGUCCACUGGUGAGGAGAGGUUUGAACUACAUCGUGAUGGGCCAUGUCGACGAGCAGGGGCAAGGCGUUAUUUCCCCGUACAACUUCAUGAUGGCUUUCAAAAAUAAGCAGCACAGAGACCUGGCUGUGCUGACUAAUGUUCACUGCUGAUGGAGGGAAGUGGCUGAAUUUGACUCCAACAUAUAACCUCUGAACUUUAUAUUUACCAAAUCUGGAAGCUUUUGUAAGUAUGAAUGGUCACUCACAUGAACCAACAGCCAUGUCUGUGCAAGAGCUGCUUUUUGGAAAUUGCUAUAGAAUUGAUCAUCGAUAAUAUAAAAUGUUGUAUUUAUAUGUGCUAUUAUUUGAUAUAACAUAUCUGGAGGGCCUGGACUGGUCUGAUAUUAAUCUGUUUUAUUUUGUGUUUUUUAUUAAUUUAUUUCAGAAAUGGGUCAGUUAAUUAUGCAUUCUGUUAUCUUCCAAUAUUCCAUUCUUAUUUUUGGAACAUAUUUGUUUCUUAAAACACUUGUAUUAUUUAAAAAACUAAUAGUUUGUGACUCAAUUGUUCACACUAGCCCAACCUCCAAUGACAUUGGAACACAACAACCCUUGAUUAAUGGACUGUCCGAAAGCACACCGAGAGGUAUUUUCCAGCUGUAGAGAAGAAAACAGAUAUUACAUCACAUUAAAUAAAAUCAUUAAAUCUUUUAUCAAGAACAAAAACUAUUAUAAAGCACAAAUUUAAGAGGAAGGAAACACAACUCAUAACACAGCCACAGUAUGGGCCUUUUUAUAUAUAUCUCUAUAAGGUGUGAGGUGUGAAAGGCUGAACACUGGUCAGCAUGCUCAUGGCAAGGCUACGUGAACUAUCCGAGUUUGAGCGAGGCAAGAUAGUGUAUAUCAGAUAGAUUGGAUAUUCCAUUUCUGUGCACAUAUAUUUAGCAUAACACAACCUGUUAUAAAAGGCAUUACCACCCACAGUGGACAGUGCAGUGGCUGGUAAUGAUUAUGACUGGCUUAUAUAAUGAUUAUGUGGUUAUAAUUGUUCAUUUUCUCUAAUAGUCUUUUUAAUAAACUCAGCAGUUCUCAACUGG